AUUAUUUAUUAAGUAAUUUGAGAGCUGCGUUAGAUCUAUUUCUUCAUACAGAGAAUAUUGUUAGUAUUGGAAAGUAGGCCCUGCCAUCUUGGUCAUGGCGGAGUGGAAGAAGAUCUAUCGGAGCCUUGUUAUCUUAUUCUGGGUGAUUAAUGCUUCUGGCUACCCUGUUAGAGAAGAAAGGAGGCAUCGGAAUGGAUGGAGAGGCUGCCAACCUCCUUGUGGAUUUUCGUCAAUCCAUAGGCGAACCCAGAUAGUGUGUGACCCAAGAGAAAGAUCGUGUAGGCCUACCAGACAUUUCUUCCGAAUGCCAAUCAGGUGCCGGACAAGACCGGUCUGUCCUAUUACAAGGGCCCAGAGAUACGAACCUUUACCAUGGAUUUCUGAUCGCGGAAGCUCAUUCUCAUCUGUCAGCUUGACAGAAGAACGCCAGAGAUCGGAAAAUGCUCCCGAAGAGAGGUCGUUGUAUUCUGUUGACGAGAGCCCGUUUCCUUCCAUUAGCUCUUCGGUAUCCAUGUUAGAAGAGCGAGUACAACCAAGAGAUGUCAUUCCAACCACCACAAGUGCACCCCAAGAGAAACAAUUCUAUCCUGAUGAAAGUUCAUUCAGUUCCUUUAUCUCGAUGGAAGAGCCUGCUCGACCAAGAGAGGUCAUCCCAACUACCACAAGUGCACCCCAAGAGAAACAAUUCUAUCCUGAUGAAAGUUCAUUCAGUUCCUUUAUCUCGAUGGAAGAGCCCGCUCGACCAAGAGAGGUCGUCCCAACUACCACACGUGCACCCAAAGAGAACCCAUUCCAUCCUGUUGAUGACAAUUCUUUCAGUUCCGUCAGCUCGUUGGAAGAGCCCGUUCGACCAAAAAAGGUCACUCAAACUAUACCAAGUGCACCCAAAGAGAACCCAUUCUAUCCUGAUGAUGAAAGUUCUUUCAGUUCCUUCAUCUCGUUAGAAGAGUCUGCUCGACCAAGAGAGGUGAUCCCAACUACCACAAGUGCACCCAAAGAGAACCCAUUCUAUCCUGAUGAUGAAAGUUCUUUCAGUUCCAUCAUCUCGUUAGAAGAGUCUGCUCGACCAAGAGAGGUGAUCCCAACUACCACAAGUGCACCCAAAGAGAACCCAUUCUAUCCUGAGGAUGACAGUUCUUUCAUUUCCGUCGGUUCAUUCGAAGAGUCUUUACGACCAAGAGAAGUCACCAAAACUACGGCAAAUGCACUCGAAGAGAAGUCAUUCUCUUCCAUAAGCUCUUCUAAAGUUCCAUUAGAGCAAGAACCGCAAGAUAGCUUCACUUGGAGCAGCAGCAUUAGCAGUCCUGGAGACUGUGGCGACGACUCGGAUUUGAGAACAUCGGUUGAUGUCAGCUCGGAUUCUACCCAAGACUCUCCGAUGAACAACCGUCAGAUUGGUAGACCAGAUGGAGUGAACGAAGAUACAACUUCUCACCAAGACAUCCAGAGUGAUGUCUACCAGAUUCAAAGCCUUCCCAAGAACGUAGAAAACCACACUGGUUUAGGAUCCCCAGAGGGCAAUGGGAAUAUCAUGAGGGGAGAAGAUUCAGAUAAAACGAUCCUCGUCAGAAAUUCACAAACUAAUACUACCCGAACAGGAGGAAAUACCAUUGUAUCAGCUGCAGGAUUUCGUUGGUAAAUCUGAAGUGAAUAACAAGCCAAUUCAAAGUUGGCUGCUGAUGAUCAACUUUUCUCAAAUGGCCUUUCCCAUUUUCCAUUAGGAUGAGUACUAACACUCUCAAAGAAGAUGUUGCCUUUAGAAGCUUUCCCGGCAAAGCAUUCAAAUUCUAAGAAAGAAAAGGGCUUUGAUAAUGGACGAAUACUACUGCCGUAUGGGCAGUCAUACCUUGAUGUUUUACCCAUGCCAACCUACUAUAUGUUUGGACAGCCAUUUUCUCUUUAUAGGACAAGUCCACCACAAUAAAAAGUUGCUUUGAAUAAAAAGAGAAAAUCCAACAAGCAUCA